GCCCAACCAAACCGGUGGUAGAACCGCUGUGUGUAGGACCGGUUCGGUUCAAGACUUCAAGUGCGAAAGGAAUACGCGUACCCUGAAGCGAUUGCAGUCGUCCAUUCCGUCAAAAAACACUUCAAGCCUCCAAUCAGCAAAGGCGAGAGAGAGAGAGAGAGAAUGGGAGUUCUCGAAGGCCUCUACAAGCUCCUGAUGCGACGGACCUCCGUCUACGCCACCUUCGUCAUCGCCGGCGCUUUCGCCGGAGAACGGGCUGUGGACUAUGGAGUUCAUAAGAUCUGGGAGUACAACAACGUUGGGAAGCGGUACGAGGACAUUCCAGUUUUGGGACAGAGGCCAACGGAAUGAAAUUACUCGUCUCUCUUUCCUUCUUCUUCCUAGAUCAAGACGAAACGUUUUGCGUUGAUGUUUGAAUAAUUAUUGCUUCUUGGACAAUUUGACCAUGAUCUUUCGAAACAUUUAUAGAUUGUUUGGAUUUUGUUUGUCGA